CGGCUUUUUCGGCGCUCGACUUGUUCGUGCUGCUGCCGCCGCCGAAGGAGGGGCAAAGCUCAAGAUGGCGGACAAAACGCCAGGCGGAUCUCAGAAGGCCAGUUCAAAGACCAGAUCAUCAGAUGUUCACUCAUCUGGAUCUUCAGAUGCACAUAUGGAUGCAUCUGGACCCUCAGAUAGUGAUAUGCCAAGUCGGACACGGCCUAAGAGCCCAAGAAAACAUAAUUAUAGGAAUGAAAGUACUCGUGAGAGCCUUUGUGAUUCUCCUCAUCAGAAUGUCUCCAGACCUCUUCUAGAAAAUAAACUUAAAGCAUUCAGUAUUGGAAAAAUGAGUACAGCUAAGCGAACUUUAAGUAAGAAGGAACAAGAGGAAUUAAAGAAAAAGGAGGAUGAAAAGGCGGCUGCUGAGAUUUAUGAGGAAUUCCUUGCUGCUUUUGAAGGAAGUGAUGGUAAUAAAGUGAAGACGUUUGUGCGAGGAGGUGUUGUGAAUGCAGCUAAAGAAGAACAUGAAACGGAUGAAAAAAGAGGUAAAAUCUAUAAGCCAUCUUCAAGAUUUGCAGAUCAGAAGAAUCCUCCAAAUCAGUCAUCCAAUGAAAGACCACCAUCACUUCUUGUGAUAGAAACCAAAAAACCUCCACUGAAGAAAGGAGAGAAAGAAAAGAAAAAAAGCAAUUUGGAACUCUUCAAAGAAGAGUUAAAACAAAUUCAGGAAGAACGUGAUGAGAGACAUAAAACAAAAGGCAGGUUAAGUCGAUUUGAGCCUCCUCAAUCAGAUUCUGAUGGUCAGCGUCGUUCUAUGGAUGCACCUUCAAGAAGAAAUAGAUCAUCUGGUGUUCUUGAUGAUUAUGCACCCGGCUCACAUGAUGUAGGAGAUCCAAGCACUACUAAUUUAUACCUUGGAAACAUUAAUCCACAGAUGAAUGAAGAAAUGCUGUGCCAAGAAUUUGGGAGAUUUGGACCAUUAGCCAGUGUGAAAAUUAUGUGGCCUAGAACUGAUGAAGAGAGAGCAAGAGAGAGAAAUUGUGGCUUUGUGGCUUUUAUGAAUAGAAGAGAUGCAGAAAGAGCUUUAAAAAAUUUAAAUGGGAAAAUGAUUAUGUCUUUUGAAAUGAAGUUAGGUUGGGGUAAAGCUGUACCUAUUCCUCCACAUCCAAUAUACAUUCCGCCUUCUAUGAUGGAACAUACGCUUCCCCCACCUCCUUCCGGACUGCCUUUUAAUGCGCAGCCUAGAGAGCGGUUAAAAAACCCCAAUGCUCCCAUGUUACCGCCACCCAAAAACAAGGAGGAUUUUGAGAAGACUCUGUCGCAAGCCAUAGUCAAAGUGGUUAUCCCAACAGAAAGGAAUUUGCUCGCUCUGAUACAUCGAAUGAUAGAGUUUGUUGUACGUGAAGGGCCAAUGUUUGAAGCUAUGAUUAUGAACAGAGAAAUCAACAAUCCUAUGUUCAGGUUCUUAUUUGAAAACCAGACACCAGCCCAUGUUUACUAUAGGUGGAAGCUUUACUCUAUUCUGCAGGGAGAUUCUCCAACUAAGUGGCGGACAGAAGAUUUUCGUAUGUUCAAAAAUGGGUCUUUUUGGAGGCCACCACCAUUAAAUCCCUACCUGCAUGGGAUGUCAGAAGAGCAAGAAACAGAAGCUUUUGUGGAGGAGCCUAGUAAAAAGGGAGCACUUAAGGAAGAACAGAGGGACAAAUUAGAAGAAAUCUUGCGAGGAUUAACUCCAAGGAAAAAUGAUAUUGGAGAUGCAAUGGUUUUCUGUCUUAAUAAUGCUGAAGCUGCUGAAGAAAUAGUGGAUUGCAUUACUGAGUCAUUGUCCAUCUUAAAGACACCCCUUCCUAAAAAGAUUGCCAGAUUAUAUUUGGUUUCUGAUGUUUUGUACAACUCUUCAGCCAAAGUUGCCAAUGCUUCAUAUUAUAGAAAAUUUUUUGAAACAAAAUUAUGUCAGAUAUUUUCAGACCUCAAUGCUACCUAUCGUACAAUUCAAGGCCAUUUACAAUCUGAAAACUUUAAGCAACGGGUAAUGACCUGCUUCAGAGCAUGGGAAGAUUGGGCAAUAUAUCCAGAACCAUUUUUGAUCAAACUACAAAAUAUUUUCUUAGGACUUGUAAAUAUUAUUGAAGAAAAGGAAACAGAGGAUGUACCAGAUGACCUUGAUGGUGCCCCCAUUGAGGAAGAGCUUGAUGGUGCACCCCUGGAAGAUGUGGAUGGAAUUCCUAUUGAUGCUACUCCCAUUGAUGAUCUUGAUGGAGUUCCUAUAAAAAGUCUUGAUGAUGAUCUUGAUGGAGUGCCUUUGGAUGCCGCUGAAGACUCAAAGAAGAAUGAGCCUAUAUUUAAGGUUGCCCCAUCAAAGUGGGAAGCUGUAGAUGAAUCUGAAUUGGAAGCACAGGCUGUAACAACUUCUAAAUGGGAGUUAUUUGACCAGCAUGAAGAAUCAGAAGAAGAAGAAAAUCAAAAUCAAGAAGAAGAAAGUGAAGAUGAAGAAGAUACUCAAAGUUCUAAAUCUGAAGAACAUCACCUAUACUCUAAUCCAAUCAAAGAAGAAAUGACUGAGUCCAAGUUCUCCAAGUACUCUGAAAUGAGUGAGGAAAAGCGAGCUAAACUUCGUGAAAUUGAGCUUAAAGUCAUGAAGUUUCAGGAUGAAUUAGAAUCUGGAAAACGACCUAAAAAACCAGGCCAAAGUUUUCAGGAGCAAGUGGAACACUACAGAGAUAAACUUCUUCAACGAGAGAAAGAGAAAGAAUUAGAAAGAGAAAGAGAAAGAGAUAAAAAGGAUAAAGAAAAAUUGGAAUCUCGAUCCAAAGACAAGAAGGAAAAAGAUGAGUGUACUCCAACGAGGAAAGAAAGGAAAAGGCGACACAGUACAUCCCCCAGCCCAUCUCGCAGUAGCAGUGGUAGACGAGUGAAAUCCCCAUCACCAAAAUCGGAGCGAUCAGAGCGUUCAGAAAGAUCUCACAAAGAGAGCUCACGUUCCAGGUCAUCUCACAAAGAUUCUCCUAGAGAUGUUAGCAAAAAAGCCAAAAGGUCACCAUCUGGUUCAAGGACACCCAAACGGUCUAGGCGAUCACGGUCUAGAUCCCCUAAAAAAUCAGGGAAGAAAUCCAGAUCCCAGUCCCGGUCUCCACACAGGUCUCAUAAAAAGUCAAAGAAAAACAAACACUGACAUAAAUUUUUAAGAUACUGUCAUUUAUUGGAAAUGCGAUUUUGUUUUGUGCCUGAAUGGUCUGUUUUUUAAAAAAACAAAACAAAAAAAUCAAAUGAAAGAGCAUUCCUGGGGUUUUUGUUUGUUUGUGAAUGCAUGUGUAAACUCAUGAGUAAUGCAUCUGUAGACCUGUCAUUGUUUUAUAUUGUAUAAAUUACUUUCAUUGUGGCUGUUUCUCAAGAUGAAAUUUUUAUUGUGCUAAUGAGUUUCAUCAGAAAUGUGUAUAAUGGAUCUGCUGGCAGUAGUAGUAUUUUGUUUUAGGAUGUUGUGACUUAGCAAAAAUAAUACAGAUGUCUUCCCCCCUUUUGUAGCUUUGACAAUUUGAACUAGAUUUCAAAUAAAAUCUGAACAGAAAACUGUAAUGUUGUUUUUUUGCCCCAUUGGUGAUACCAAGUCCCUUGAAGUCCUACUUAGUGAAUUUGGCACUACUGUUGUGUUUCUUCUAUCUAAUGCACUUUAUAAGCUCCAGUGUUCAAGUAGCUAAAGUUUUCUAUUUACUAAGAUGACUAUUGAAAUCAAGGGACCUAAAACUCUAUUUGGCAACUCUGUUUGGUAGAUUUGCUAAUCGGUUUCUAAAGAAAGGUUCUCCUGGAUAAUACUGAUACUCAGAGAUCCAAGGACUGGGUGCAUAUGGUAUGAUGUUGUUAAGUGGAAUGCCUAGCUGAAACUGUUUUUGUUUUUUCAAAGAAACAAUAUGAUUGUAGUAUGCAACCUGUGUUCUGAGCAACUACUUAUUUUUAGGGGAAAAUUAAGUCUUCAUCUUUUGAUUUUAUCUUGUAUCAUGAAAGAAGUAUACUUAGAAAAGAAACUUUCUAACAAGAUUUGGCCAUGGAAUUCUUUUGUAUAAUACCCUUUUAUAGUCUUCUGUAGGCUACCUUUCAACACUGGUGUUAGAGUAUUUUUACAGAUUUCUAAAGUUUAAAACAUCUUAGGUUUUUGUUUUGUGUUUUAAGAAUUUAGUUUUUAGGUACAGCUUUAAGUAAAAUGUAAACAUAAAAUUGUUUUCAGGAAAUUUAACAGCCAAUGGUUUGUAAAUUCGAGGUGCAAAAAGGUGAUGUAAAUCAUUUGCAGAGUUGAACUAUGUUGUGGAUGAAAAUAAAGUUGAUGCAAUAUGAAGAAGAAAUAAGAAAACUUGUAUAAUAUUGAUCAUAGCAUUUCCAUAAAUAGAAUGUAAUAAAGGGUUAAGUAGACUUGAACUGACAUUAUUUGUGAAUCUUCCUUUCAGUUUUUCAUUAGGCACUUUAUACAGUGGUUUGAUGUCUCUCCUCUUUCACCUCCCCAGUAAGGAAUGUAGAAAAUUAUUAUAAUAAUGGAUUGUUUUGAUUUAAUUUGUUUUUAAAAAAUAUCUUUUCAAGUUGUUUUACUUAAUCUUCCCUAGUUGCAGAGUAAGGUAUUCUGUGCCCAUUAUUUGGGGAGUAGCUGUAGUGACUAAAUAGUCAGACAUGUUGUUUCCAAAAUGAACAAAUCCACAGUGGCUUUGCAAAUGAGCCAGAUUAUUUUACAUAAUGGCUUUAUUACUGUACAAAUAUUGCUUGAAAGCUACUCUUUUAAUAUGCACUCUUUUGUUUGUCCAAUUUUAAGGAAAUGUUAAUUCCUAAAAGUUGCUCAGAAUAAUUAAAUGUGAACAUUUGGUGCAGAUAUUUAAAACUUAUAAAUAUAGCCGUAUUGAAAUAACAUGCUUUUCUCCCCCUGUUCAUUGCCCGGGAGAAUGGAAUUUUAUAUAAUCUACAUUUCAUUGCAAAAAUAACAAUAGUGUUGAGUGGCUGGUGAUUUUGGCAUUCUAUCAUUUACUGGUAUCUUCAUAGAAGAAAUAAUUGGUCAGGUAAUGGCCCAGUUCAGUUGUAAGGGGUACUUAUUUCUCUUUUUUAAAACAAAACAUCCCAGAGGAGGAGGAGUGAGUAGUAAAUGUUAGGUCAGUUUGGGUUGCUUAUUUGUAAUAUACCCCUACUGCAGCCUAGCAGUUCUAUAUCUGGAUCCAGAUACAACUAUUUGAUUUUAACAGUGGUAAAAAACUGGCUCCUUUUGGUGUGGUUGAGAAUUGCUUAGGUCUAAGAGCAUAUUCUUUGAACUUUGUUAAUAUUCAUAUUAAGUUGGAUGGAGUUAUUUGGUCUUGAAUUAUAAACAGUAUUGUUAAAUAGCUUAUUUCUAAUUUUACUGUAUGAGAAAAUACAGAAUAAGACUUUAAUUUUCCCCAUGGACUCUGAAAAUUGAGUGGGAUCAGAAAUUGGUGAAUUGUAAGGGGGGAGAUAUACCAUAAUUUUCUAAUUGCUUACUAUUCAUCUGAAGACUACUCCUGUGUUACAUAGCACCAUUUCUAUAUUUUGACUAAAUAUGUGGGUUUUAGUUACAGGGAAGGCCGUGUUCAACUGUGUACUAGACAGUUACUGUCCACUGCGGCGGCUGCUGCAUGGAAGCAGAAAUUCUAUUGUGAUUUAUAAAGGGCAAGAGGGAAGCUUUUUACCCUGCAGCCUAACAUCUAUACACAGGUUAAUGCCAUUGAACUCUCCCUCUCAUGCAUAUGAGAGAAAGUUAAAUGUUGGUCUACUUACCAGAGAGAGACCUAUGAUUGAAAAAUAUCCUGUUCGUGAAGUUUUUUUUACUGACCUUUUAUUUUCCUUAUUGUUGUUAGUUAAGUAGAUGGGAAUUUCUGAAUUGUAACAUGUUCAGAAGUUAGGGAUUAAAGAACAUAACAAAAAGCCCUGAUCCAAGAGAAUGCUUUUUAUUUGGCUCAAAAUGUUUGUGGCUUUUCUGCUAAAAUUGCUAUCGUCUGACCUAAUUUUUCUUUAUUGCAGACCAUUCAUUCCUGUGGGUUUACCGUGGGACUUUUAUCCCAAGUAAAGAACCUUGGAGGAAAUACUUACUUCUGACCAAAUGUGUUCUCUGCCUAACCCCUUCCCCCAAUUUAAUAUUCUUGAGCACUUAUUUUAAAGGAAUUUCAAUCAAGAUCAAAUUUAUGUUUAUUAGAAAUGCUCUGUAUAUGUGCCCUCCACAGUGAUAGAAGUUUUGAAAAAUUAUAUGGCCAUGAUAAUAGUUUAUUGUUAUUAAAAAGCAAAUAAACCUGUGUAUUGCCAAAGUGACUUAAACUGCUCUGAUGACCACAACAGUGUGAUUUCUGUAGCAGAAAAAGUUGUUUGUUUAUAAAGAUAAAUAGUACCACUUUUCUAAGACUGUACAUUUAAAAACCGUGCUUUUUUUCUUGCGUUUUCUUCUUCUAUUACAUUUUAGAGGUAAAGCAAAUUAUAGGCAAUUCUGUGCAAAUACUAGUGAAGACACUGGUAUAAGUUAAAGGAAUAAAUGAGUAAACGUUUACGAAGUAAGGUGCAUGGUUUAGAAUAGGUUUUAGGGAGUGCUUAAUAGUGACCUUUGGCUUUUUUCUUUAUUUUUGUUAUCAACUUAGAUAACAAGCAAAUGCAAAUCCCAGGGGAAGUGUGAUGCUAGGCUAAAAGGUGGGAAUGUGCUGCUGUUCAGAGUGAGCCUUGUUCCUUUGUUGAAAGUUCAAUGCCUUUGUGUUUACUCAGUACCACCUCAUGGAGCUUUGAUGUAAAUGGAUUAUAUGUAUAGUUGGCAAUUUGUAUAGUUUUGUAGAUCUAUAGAUAAAAUGCCUUCUUUCAUUUUCACCUGUAAUUGUGCUUCCAGUGUUUGUGUUUUAUCCUUUGACUUCAGCAGGCUCUGGUAUGUUGUAUCUGGUGAUGUGACUUACCAGGAAAGAAUUUUUCAGAAAUGAGAAUGCUAUAGUUGAAGUCAGCUCAACUGAAUACUGUACAGCAAGAUGAUUUCUUUUGGGUGAAACUGAUUCCGUAAUUAAGUGACUCCUGAUGGAAGGAUUAGGUUUGUUGUGGAGCUGCUUUCCGCAUCAGACUGAUGCUUUAUAGUUUUUCUACAUAAAGAUUAUAGAGUUGAAAACAAAGGUUGUGGAAUUUUCCUUUUGUUG